AUCAGAGACAGGGAGCAGACGAUUGACAACAAGGAGAAGAGAAUCAGCGAGCUGAGAAUGAAGGCCAAGGAGCUGGAGAAGAUUAAGUUUGUGCUCGACUACAAGUACAAGGAGCUGAAGAAGGAGAUCGAGCCCAAGGAGACGCAGAUCAUUCACAUGAAGGAGCAGAUCAAGGAGAUGGACGAGGAGCUGCAG